ACGUGUGUCUCUCUGUUUCCUUAUGCGGUUUUGGUCCUCGGUAUAUUCUUGGGUACUAUUCCCUUCUGCAAACGAAAUCAGCAUUCUUUUAUAGGAUUCUUCUUCUUCUUCACUCCAAGUUUCCUGCCACCGCUUUUUUAUGUAAAAGUCGCAGGAUAUCCCUAUAUGGCUCAAGAAUUGUAAUGGGGAUGUGUGAAUGGCUGCUUCAGUUGGUCGCUGUAAAUGAUAAGGGUGGCGAUGAUGAUGGCAGAAUAGUAGUGUGUUGAUUCGUUUCUGCAUCCAAGAGAUAUUUCUUUGUGAUUCUUUUGGUCUUUAGAAAUUAGCUAUAAUCUGAAGUGUAUGAGAUCAGUCUGAUAUUAGUUACAUUGAUUUAUUUAUUAAGAGGACCUCAGAUCUGAUUCUGUGGCUGAAGGCAGAUAUGUUGUGAAGCACCAGCUGCACUCCUGAGAUAUAUGCAACUUUUUUUUCGUGAAACAAAAAAGAGGCUGUAUUUUCUGAAUACAUCCAACGAUGGAGAUGCUAUUGUCACCUCAAGGACAGAGAAAGAAUCUCGAAACACCUUCUCGAAAAUCCUCAUUCUGCGGCUCCAAAAAAGAUCUAUGUAUUGUGGUGAGAGAAGGGUCCAUAUCCGAUGUGGAUUCAGCAUUAGCACUACUGAAGAAGAAUGGAGGAAAUAUCAAUUCGAGGAACACUUUUGGCCUGACUCCUCUACAUAUUGCAACUUGGAGAAAUCACAUUCCCAUCGUUAGGAGGCUGCUUGCUGCUGGUGCUGACCCUGAUGCCAGGGAUGGUGAAUCGGGAUGGAGUAGCCUUCAUAGGUCCCUGCACUUUGGACAUCUCGCGGUAGCAAGUAUUCUUCUCCAAUCUGGCGCUUCUGUUAUUCUUGAGGACUCUAAAUCUCAAAUUCCUGUCGAUCUUCUUUCUGGCCCUGUGUUGCAGGCUGUAGGAAGUGGACAAACUUCAGUAGCUACUGAGGUGUUUAGCUGGGGAAGUGGUGCGAACUACCAACUUGGAACUGGAAAUGAACGCAUACAGAAGUUGCCAUGCAAAGUUGAUUCACUUCAUGGCUCUUUUGUCAAGUUGAUCUCUGCUGCAAAGUUCCAUAGCAUAGCUGUCACUACUCGUGGAGAAGUCUACACUUGGGGAUUUGGAAGGGGGGGCCGUCUUGGACACCCUGAUUUUGAUAUCCACAGUGGUCAGGCAGCUGUUAUCACUCCCCGCCAGGUGACUUUGGGCUUAGGUUGCCGCCGUGUAAAGGCAGUUGCGGCAGCUAAACAUCACACAGUUCUUGCCACAGAAGGCGGGGAAGUAUUCACCUGGGGAUCUAACAGAGAGGGGCAGCUUGGCUACACUUCCGUGGAUACCCAACCAACACCUCGAAGAGUUAGUUCACUUAAGUCCAGGAUUGUUGCUGUUGCUGCAGCAAACAAACACACGGCUGUAGUUUCUGAAUCUGGAGAAGUUUUCACUUGGGGCUGCAACAGGGAGGGUCAGCUUGGUUAUGGUACCUCUAACUCGGCAUCUAAUUACACUCCAAGAGUUGUUGAAUUCCUGAAAGGCAAGGUUUUCACUGGAGUUGCAGCGGCAAAGUACCACACAAUUGUCUUAGGAACUGAUGGAGAGGUGUACACAUGGGGUCAUCGGCUUGUUACACCGAGACGUGUUGUUGUUGCUAGAAAUUUAAAGAAAGUUGGUAGUGCUCCUUUGAAGUUUCAUCGCAUGGAACGGCUACAUGUGGUGUCCGUAGCUGCAGGAAUGGUGCAUAGCAUGGCUCUCACAAAAGAUGGUGCAUUAUUUUAUUGGAUUUCAUCAGAUCCUGACCUUAGAUGUCAACAGCUAUAUUCUGUCUGCGGGAAAAAUGUGGUGAGAAUAUCUGCAGGCAAGUACUGGAUUGCAGCGGUUACUGCUACAGGGGAUGUUUACAUGUGGGAUGGAAAGAAAGGCAAAGAUAAGCCACCAAUUAUUACUCGGCUACAUGGUGUAAAGAAGGCUACUUCAGUCUCAGUUGGUGAAACACAUCUACUCAUUGUUGCUUCUCUCCAUCAUCCUGUUUAUCGUCCCAAUGUGGUCAUAAAUCCUCUGAAGCCGCAAUUGAAUGCUGCAAAUGAAAUAGAAGAGGUUGAUGAAGGUUUUAUGUUUAACAAUAUGGAGGCUGAUGGAAUUUCAUCUAGUGCACUAAAGGAUGUUCCUAAGGACAGGCCUGUACCGAGCUUAAAAAGUCUGUGUGAAAAAGUGGCAGCAGAGUGUCUAGUUGAGCCUCGAAAUGCUAUCCAAUUGCUUGAAAUUGCAGAUUCUCUUGAAGCAGAUAAUCUGAGGAAGCAUUGUGAGGAGAUUGUUAUUCGCAACCUUGACUAUAUUGUAACUGUCUCAUCGCAUGCUUUUGCAAGUGCUUCACCAUAUAUUUUGGCUAAUCUUGAAAAGCUCUUAGACGAGAAGUCAUCUGAAUCGUGGAGUUACCGCAGGCUUCCAACUCCAACCGCUACUUUUCCUGUUGUCAUCAAUAGUGAAGAAGAGGACAGUGACAGCGAGGUUCUGAGGAUUCGGGACAGUGGUAUGAAUAGUUCCACCUGGAGAGAUGGAAGAAACAGGAGAUUGGAUUCCUUUCUUCAACCUGAUGAUGAUCCUAAUCAUGGCAUUUGCAGAAAGGUUCGCGCUCUGCGAAAGAAGUUGCAACAGAUUGAAAUGUUGGAAACCAAGCAAUCUAGUGGGCAACAUCUCGAUGACCAGCAGGUUGCAAAGCUUAAAACCAAGCCAGUUCUUGAAAGUUCACUUGUUGACCUGGGUGUUGUCGGGGAAGCGCUCGAGGUGAAACCACCACCUUCAGUUUCGGCAGAUGGAAAAGGGAAUAAGAAAGCUGUUGUAUCAAGAAAACAAAGGAGAAAGAGCAAACAAAGGGCAGGGAAAGUAGAAAUACUGUCUGGUCCUGGUGAGACUCCAACAGAUCCAAAACCUGUGAAGGAUUUCUUGAAUGUCGAAAUCUCCCAAGUUUUCAGUAAGGAGGAAGAUGCCAUGUCCGAAGUGAGCAUGGUUAGCCAAGCCCCGGAAGAGCCUGCUUUCAUUGUUCAGAAAAAAGACAGCUCUGACUCAACCAAAAAUAAGUCAGUGACCAAGAAAAAGAACAGGAAGGGUGGACUUUCUUUGUUCUUGAGUGGUGCUCUUGAUGACACUCCGAAAGUUGUUGCUCCACCUGCGCCAACACCAAAAACACAGGGUCCUGUGUGGGGUGGGGCCAAGAUUUCAAAGGGUUCUGCUUCGCUUUGUGCAAUCCAGGAUGAGCAGAGUAAAACCAAGGUCAACCUGCAGACGGGAAAAGUAGAUCGUGUUGAAGAUCUGCGUGAUGUUAGAAAUGACAGCAAAAUUUCGUUAAGUUCUUUUUUUCCUUCAAAGCCAAUCCCAGUGGUCCCACAACCCCUUGCAUCUCCGGCUUCUGAUGUCGAAAGAAGCACACCUCCAUGGGCUUCUGGAACUCCCCCUCAUCUGCCAUCUCUUAGGGCCAUUCAGAUGCAGCAGGGAAAACAUCCGCAGAGUCUCUCCCACAGUCCGAAGAUAAGGACGGCUGGAUUCUCGGUUUCUACUAGUCAGGGAUCACCAUCAGAUUCUCCAGGGAUGAACCGCUGGUUCAAACCGGAAAGUGACACACCCUCAUCAAUUCGUUCAAUUCAGAUAGAGGAAAAAGCUGUGAAGGACCUCAGGCGCUUUUACAGCAGUGUUAAGAUAGUCAAGAACUAGUCUUCUUGAUUGAGUAGGUGCAUAAUAAAAAUGUGCAUUUGUACUUUGUAGGAUCGGCUUUUCUUUCCAUCCCUUCACCUUUCAAGCCAAUGCACAUCUCUGUAUACUCAUAGUGUACAGAUUAUCUUCCUGUAGAUUCAGUGUAUACUCAAGUGUACAGAUGAUACUGAUACUCUUCAUUCUUGGUAAUUCAGGUUCAUUUUUUUCAGUUUGCAGUA